AAUUAAUCCGCGCAUGUCAGAGGGAGAAAAAUCGACAUAUUUUUGUUUUCAUUGUAAACAAAAACUGGUAAAAGGUUGUGCAAUGUGAAACCAGUGAAAGGCCACGAACACAUCAGUCAUGUCAGCGGAAUGUACAUCUACCCAGGGCGAGCAGACACUGUCUGGUGAGACCCAGGAUGAAAACCCUGCAAAUGAGAUUACUAGCAACACAGACGUGAAUAGCAGCCCUAACAGUCUAGGCUUCGUUGAUUAUAAAGAUGACCAGGCUGAGAAUCCACCAUUGGUUUAUGGACCUGCAAAUUACCAUGACCAGGAUGUCUUACUUUCAUAUUCUAACUCGGACAGUCAAGUAUACAAUAAAGAUACUAAAGAUGGUAACGGCAUCCGUGGGCAGUGUGGCCUUUACAACCUGGGUAACACAUGCUUCAUGAACUCUGGCCUGCAGUGCCUCAUGAGUACGGUGCCCAUGGUGAAGUUCCUCAUCAGUUACCAUGGAAACGAGAAAACCAAAGACAGCACAUUGCUAGGAGAGUUCCGCAGACUGUUUGGGAAGAUCUGGAGUGGCCAGUUCUCGGUGGUUUACCCGAAGGAGUUUAAGCAGAUCCUGGGCAUCUAUCAUCCCCAGUUCCAGGAUUAUAGGCAGCAUGACUGCCAGGAAUUCCUGGCCCUUUUAUUGGACAGCCUACAUGAGCAACUCAACUUCAAGGGACAAUGGACCAAUCAGAACACAGAGGCUGGACCUAGCUGCAGUAAACAGCCAAUCACGUAUGAGCACAACAUAAACAACAAAACAUGCAGAAGAAACGUACCUCAGACGGUAGCAAAGAAUCAAACGUGCGAUAAAUCGCGGAAUGCCAAUUCUAGAGAAUCAACGUUGACGUUUGAUAACAUGAAGGGCUGCAAAUCACCAGAGAAUUCGAGCUCUGUAUCAACGUUGACAUUUGAUAACAUGAAAUCACCAGAAAGUUCAAGCUCUGAAACACCAGUCGAGGAAAGUUCGAUGAACAGACCUCAAGUGUGCAAGAGUAAAGGCAUACAGAAUCUUAUAUCAUACACAGUAAACCAGAUCUCAGAAGAUAGCAAUCAUUCCAAUCUGUCGGAACAAAGCUCGGAUUCUGAUCAGUGUUCGGUGAUGAAGAAUCUGAAGUUACGAUCCAGUCCAUGCGAAGGGCUGUCAAAUAAAAUUGUUAACGACUGUGCGGACAAAGACUGCGGCGUAUCGUCCACAGAUAUGGACGAUGUUGAUAUGGAAACAGAGGGAGAGGGCACUGAUAAUUUUGGGGAAGAGAUUGUUAGUUUUAAGCGUGUUUCUAGUCUUCAGGAUUUGAGGCUGUCUGCCAAAGUUAAAAGCAUGACAAAGGCCUCAAGCGAACAAGAUUUACUGUGGGACAGCCGUGUUGACUCAGACUGUGAUAUUGAUAAAACUGGCUCUGCUAGUUUGGACUUAAAGGAAUCAGUGGGUAAAAGUACACGUUCUGAACAAAUGGAGGCCAGCUUUGAACCACAGGUUCUGAACAAUGCUAUUCCUAUGGUGUCUGUGCCGUCCCUUGUGGAUUUGUACUCAAAGGAAACGAAAACUCUCAACACAAAUGUGCUGGCAACCGAGUUCAUAUCUGAAACUGUGAUGAAUACAGAUUCGGAAAAGUUUGCCAAAGAGGACAACACCAGUAGAAGUGAGGCAAUGAUUGAAGAAGAUGACAUCCUGCAGAGUAUAGCUGAGGUGACGACAAAAACAGACGGAUACGAGACAAAGAGAGUCAAAGACAUCAACAUUCGUGCGGACAAGAAGACGAAAUUUCCGAAAGGGGCUUGCGGGGGUAAUAGCAUUCCCGAGAAAGAGGAGUGUUUUUCGCUUAGUGGCGUAAAGAGGAUGAAGUUUGAAGGGACGGAGAAGAAUCUGCAGAUGCAGGAGAUGUGUAAGCUGCAGAAAGAGGCGUUGCUGUGUGAGGCAAUGAGGUCUGACCGGCCGAGUACCAGCAGAGGGAACACUGGAGUGGAGUCCACAUUCAAGAAGGACACAAGUCCAAGCCUCGGCAGUGACAUCGAGAGUGAACUACCUGACCCUGAAGAUGCCGACAUGGACUUGUCUGAUGUGGAGGAUGGGCCGGCUGUGAUGUCAUGUGACGUGUCAUGUGACCUGGAGGCGGCGUACACGGCACGGGACGUGGUUGCUGCUGAGGAGGCGUGGCAGAAAUACCUGAACAGGAAUGACAGUGUCAUUGUGGACACUUUCCAGGGGCAGUUCAAGUCUACGGUGGUGUGUGGAGAGUGCAGCCAGGUGUCUGUGACGUUUGAACCCUUCAUGUACCUUUCAGUGCCAGUACCUCGCGCAAUGGAGAGGCAGAUAUGUAUAGUGUUUAUUUCACCCGGUGUGGAGCCCACCCAGUACCUGCUGGUCAUGCACAAACAAGACAAGGUUUCAAAGGUCAAACAAGAACUCUGUAAUGUGAUUGGUCGAAAUGUUGAUGACAUCAUCAUAGCUGAGGUGUUGGAUUGGCAUGUCUCAAGAAUAUUGGAAGACAACACCAUGCUACGUUACAUCAAUGACUCCACCAGGAAACUGUAUGCAUUCGAGAUGGACAGCAUCAGCGUAACACACAACCUAGACAACCUUAGCUGCUCCCAAAUGGGGACGUCCGAUCCCAAUGAUGUUUUCUCCCACGUUGAAACCUUUACACAAAGCGGGAACAUUAAAUCUGAGCGGGCGACCAGUCCAGACGAAUCUGUUACCUCGGCGUACGGCUACAACAAUGAUAACGGGGACCAGUCUAAUUACGUGUCACAUUCCAACAACGACCUUGACAUCAUGGGAACCGGCCUCUGGGAAUGGGGUCAAAGGUCAAACACGGAAAAACGUCGGGGAAGCCUGGAGACGGAACCUGAGGAUGGUUGGCUGGGGGCUGAUAGCACGACCGCUGUGGCCUCAUCGGAACCGGAUUUGACUGAGGUGGUUUCCUCAGCGAUAAGUGGUUCCAGCCAAUCAAUGGAGGUCGGGGAGAAAGGGGUCGUGAGUAGUUCGAAGGGCGGGAAGGAGAAUGACUGGAAGUCGUGUGCAAUCUGUCUGGAGGAGCUUCCUGAAAUGGACCUCAUGGUGCAUACAACGUGCAGUGGAACUUUCUGCUCUACUUGCCUUGAGAUGUCUGUUCAGCAUUACAGUGAGAGUGCCUUUUGUUGUCCGGUGUGCUCAACCCCUGCUGAGAUCACAGAAGACUUUGUGCCGCUUGCAAAUGCUGCCAACCACAAGCCCAAAACAAGGAUUAUUGCUGUUCCCAUUUCGUACCGCUGUGAGACGGGGCUGACAGGGGACACCACUCCAUGUCUGUUUGCUCACCCAGACGUCAUCAGCCUACCCAGUAACCUCCCCUGGCAGCACAUACGGGACUGCAUUCUAGCGCGGCACCCGUAUCUGUCUGAGUUUCGAGUGAUGCUGACUGAUGGAACGGGACUGAAGUGUUCCCGCUGUCUCUACAUCGAGCACUGCACAGGCUGCGAGAUCCCAGAACAAGGGGAGGCAAUACUAAGGCCCGGGGACAACCUGACAGUCAGUGUAUCCCGUCUCCCAGACAAUUUUACGGAUGUGUGUAGGGGGCUCGUCAAUCAUCCCUCGAUGGAGAACAAGGUGUCUGAUGACCCGGUGACAUUGAUGGACUGCUUUAGGGCUUUCACGCAAAGUGAAGACCUGGAUGAGCACAAUCCCUGGUUCUGUCCUCACUGCAAACAGAACCAACGCGCCAAGAAGACUAUGACGGUGUGGCAGUAUCCGGAUACACUCAUCAUUCAACUGAAAAGGUUCGUGUUCCAUGAGCUGGCCAGUACCAAGGUCGACUGCAAGGUCGUAUUUCCUAUCGAUGACCUUGACCUCAACGAGUUCAUAUCAGGACCAAAGACAAAGAACCUCGUGUACAAUCUUUACAGCUCUGUGUGCCACUAUGGUGGUGCUAAUUCGGGUCAUUACACGGCCUACGCCAGACACCCCGUGGAUGGCAGGUGGUAUUUCUACAAUGACGAGACCGUCACAGAGAGUACACCCAGUGACCCCGAGUUCUCCAGCACAUACAUGCUCUUCUAUCAACGAAAAGGUACUGACAAAGCCAUACAUAUCCCAGAAGACCUUGACCUACAUAUUGACACCGAUGAUCUUCAUUUCGACCCCGUGACCUCAAGCGAUGCUGACACAUCAGUGACCUUUGACCCAACUGAAAGGGAGGUAACUCCACCUGGAAACGCCUCAUCACCAUCGCACUCGAGUCACUCAUUGGCGCCAUCAGCAGGCAUGUUUGACAUGUCCAUCGAUGUCAAGGUCAAGGGUCGAGAUAAAAACGACAGUGGAAGUAGUGAUAAUGUGGGAAGGCAACAGAAGACAGAAUUAGCUGAGGCCGACAGUACUGUAGGAUCGUUCGACUUUUAUUCUUGAACUUUUGUUUUUUAUAAUAAAAAUUUAGCAUUGCUCUGGUAAAAUGAGGCUUUAUGCAUGUGGGUAAAGUGUCCCAGAUCAGUAUGUGAAGUCGCACAGGCUUGUCAUGGACGACACUUUCUGUCAAAACUGGAUUUUCACUGAGAAGAGACUUCUUAACCCAUGUAUGCCUAGUGGACUCUCCCGUCAUUCUAAAUUGGAUCAAUGAAUUUCGAAAAUUAGGGAUGUCUAGUGUAUUUAUUUCUAUAUUUAGAAUAUUUCUUACAUAAAUUUCUUUAAACAAACAGCGCAGACCCUGAUGAGACGCAUCAUGCGGUGUCUCAUCUAGGUUUUCGCUGUUUGCCAAGGCCUUUUUUUUAGACGCUAGGCAUAAAUGGGUUUAAGAAACAAUACCAUGCAAUGACAGUCAGAAAAUGUUGUCCCUGAUAAGCCUGUGCAGACUGCACAACCAAUUCUUGGACGAUGCUUUACGCCAAUGCAUCAAACCCCUUUUUCAUAGAGCCAGGCUAAGUUGUUGUAGGAAUACUGUCUUAAAUAGGUUAAAAAAAUAACAUGAGAUAGUCAUCCUGAUUCUGCUAGAAAUAUCAAGCAAAGGACAUUGAUAGCAUUGGACAUGUCUUUUUUACUGAUGACAGGUUUUACUUUACUAUCUUCUCAAAACAAUGUUUUGGUUCUGUAAUAAUUCUAUGUAAACAGAUGAAAAUCAUGUUCAGUAAGCUAAUGGAAGAUUUGGAAUGUGUGACAAAUACGUUGUAAGAUUUUCUCGAAUUUAUUCUUAACCCAUUUUUUCAAAGUUCAUAUCCAUUUGAUCAGCAUUUUACAGUUGCAUUUAUGUAAUAGAUUUCACAUGGUAAACAGUUUUGUAUUGUACAUUACAGUAUCAAAUUGUAGAUCUUCAAUGCUCACAUGGGAGAUUAAAAAAAAUUGAAAUCAUGGUCAGUUUUAUGCCAUCUAUUAAUUGAAAUAUCUUCUAUAUGGUUAUAUUGGCUAGACAAGGCAAAGAUUAAAACAGAGACAUUAUUUGAACUUUUAAGAUGUACAGUGAUACAGCGAAGGUAUUCAUUAUUGAAGUAGUUUGCAGUGUGAAAUAUGAUGGUUAUCCUGUUAGUGAAGCAGCAAUUGAACAGGCUUCGAUUCAUAUGAUGACUAGUGCAUUUUUAGUGGAUGUAUUUGUGAUGUCUUUGUUGUUGAUAUUUUUGUAUUUGACGGUACUGACUGUUAGGGUUUACAGGAUUUCCGCUCCGAAGCUUGGAGUAUUUACACGUGAGGCUUGUUCUGAGAAAAGGGGGCUAAAUGCAUGUGCGUAAAGUGUGGUCCCAGAUAAGCCUGUGCAGUCCGCACAGGUCAAUCAUGUAGGUCACUUUACACUUAAAUAAAAUUGUUCGUUUAAAAGGUCUCUUCGAGAUGUAAAUCCAUUGUAGACACUAUGUGCAAGACUGCACAUUCUAAUCUGGGAUGAUUCCUAGCACAUACAUGUAUGCAUUACACCCAGUUUGACCAUGUGUCUUUGUACUAGUAUAUUGUAUUUCAAUGAAUCCAUUUUCAUGUUCUGCUUUCUUAAGUGUUUUAAGACAAAUUUUAAAACUUGAGAGAGGUAGUUUUCUGUCUAGAUUUCAUUUUGAUACUUAAAAUUACAAAUUGCUUUAAAUAAAAAAAAUCUUAUCUGUACAUGAGUUAUUUAAAUGGUUAGGUUUUCAGUUUAAUUAUUUGAUCAAUCAACACACAAUUCUAUUAGGACCAUUUAAUUCAGUAUAUGUCUAUGAUAAAAAUUGUAUUCAAAUCUUACUGGGUGGCAGUUGUAAAAUAAUUAACUUAAAAUAUUUUUUUUAAUGUUUAUUGUUCAGUGAACAAGAAUUUGAAGUUCUGAAUAAAAUUAAACGUCAAGGACAUUGCUGUCAGUAUAUAAAGCUCCUUAGUAUUGCUGCUUGUUUGGUCACCUUACAGCAAUAUGUUUGGCCCAAUUAGGAAAAGUACCCGUACCGUUCUAUUUGGGAAGUAAUAGCAUGAAAAACCCUGAAAUUGAUACAGUUCACAUUGCUGUCAGUAUAUAAAGCUCCUUAGUAUUGCUGCUUGUUAGGUCACCUUACAGCAAUUUGUUUGGCCCAAUUGGGAAAAGUACCCGUACCGUUCUAAUUGGGAAGUAAUAGCGUGAAAAAACCUGAAAUUGAUACAGUUCACAUUGCUGUCAGUAUAUAAAGCUCCUUAGUAUUGCUGCUUGUUUGGUCACUGAAAUUGAUACAGUUCAUAUUGCUGUCAGUAUAUAAACCCUGAAAUUGAUACAGUUCAUAUUGCUGUCAGUAUAUAAACCCUGAAAUUGAUACAGUUCACAUUGCUGUCAGUAUAUAAACCCUGAAAUUGAUACAGUUCACAUUGUGAAAUCUUCAGACUGGGAAUAAUGGGUCUUGGUAAAAAUUGCACAAACCACUUUAAAUAUUUAUUUACAUACAUUUUAGCUUGAAAUGUUUAUUUUCAGUGCUCAUUUAGUGUGUUCACAUGAAGAUAGUGCAGUUUUGGCACAACGAUGACCCCAUUUUCUUUCCUUUUGGGAAUUUUUUGGACGGCAAUCGAGAAUUUUGUAGUUUUUCCUCAUUUUGGAACGUACUUUUUUCGGGUACUUUAUAAAAAGUAAAACAAUCACUGCCUUAGCACAAAGUCAGGUAUUAAGAUCACCCUGUGUUCGGAAUCAUGCAGUGUUUGUCAUCAACUGUGAGCUUGUUAGACUCUUGAGGCCUUAAUUUCUAUCUAAUCUUGAUAAAAGUUGGUCUGAAUGUUUAUUUUUACAAUAUAUAGGCAGAGUUUGUGCAUCUUAAAAUUAGGUCAUCAGGUCAAAUCUGAGACAAAUCAUUGGUAAUACUCUUGAGGCCACAUUUAUGAAUCGAUCUUGCUGAAUAUUAGUCAGAAUGUUAAGAGUGACAAUAUUUAUGCCAGGUUCAAAUCAGUGUCACUUACAUCUAAAAACUACUAGUAUGUUGCAAGGUCCAUUUUAGCAUCCACAAUAACAAAUAUUUACUUGUAAAUGUUGCAAAUUUUCUUUUUUUUGGAUCAGAUAGUUUUUUUUAAAUGUUCUAUAUUCUGUAUUGUUCUAUUAAUAUUCCAUAAAUUUGUACUAUGAUAUUAUUAAUAUCGCAGUUUUAUAUAGAAGCUUCUAUGGAUAUAUUGAUCAAUUAAAAUUAUAACGAUCUUACACUUAGUUUUUCGAUAUAUCAUCAAUAUCUUUCUGUUUUAUUCAUGAUCUUUUGGCAUUGUUAUUUGGGGCUUUAUUUUCAAAGCUCAAAUUAAUUACAUUAUUAUAGAACACCUGUUGUUGAUGUUGACUUAUCUCAAAACAAAUAUCUUUAUUUAAUGCAUGUUCCUUGUUGUAAAAUAUCUUGACAGACUUUUGAUUUGUGCAAUUACAUGUUUUAAUAAAUGAUCCACUCACUUU